AUUAGUGAUGCAAAUUGUUGUCUCAAAUUUCACUACAACAGAAAGGGAGCAAUAUUUGUUUAUGAGUGCUACAGGAAAAGUUUUCAUUCAGAACAAAGGAUAGAUCUCAAAAAUGCCCAGUAAACAACAAGAAAAUUAUACAAAGAAAUUUCAACUCGUGUCAGUGUAUUCUUGGAUCGGCUAUUUUAUUUGGAAUACAUGUCUUGGGGUGAUAGUGUUUUUACCAGAUCUUCUACCUUGUGAGCUAUAUGGAAAAAUGAGCAUUGACUUCUGCGAUUUUGCAAAAGAAUAUAACUAUGGCCUCAAGGUUUUGUUUGUAGCAGUUUGGGUCGUACAUUUUUUUGAAAGCUUGUUUUCAUUGAGAUUGAGCAGCAAAUUAGGAUGCAGUACCUUUGAUCAAGGAAAGUGGUUUGCUCAGACAAUGAUGAAUGGGUAUUUCUCACUUCACCUACUCCGAAAAAUGAAUGGCAUGAAAAAGAAACACGGAUAGCUGUUUGUUGAGGACGACACCUUUUUAAUGAUAAUAAUGACAUCUUUUCAAUGAUAAUAACGAUGAAAAUAAAGGAGCAAUUAAUUUUAAUGUAAUGAAAAUAAAAGCGACAGUGCUAUCAUGUUAAUGAUUAAUAAUUGAAACAGUA